UCCUCCAUCCACGUGAUCCUAGCGGUACUCGGUUCUCUUGGAAACAUCAUUACGAUCAGAACUUUCUUCCGCAUGGGGAUGUUGGAAACCGUCAACUUAACACUGGCGUGGCUGGCUGCAUCAGACCUCUGCUUCCUGGUGGCCGAUAUUACCAGCGCUGUAGCUCUGAUCUUCAUCGCCGUCGAGGUGAUAACCAACUACAGACUUUGGUUCCUUGUGGACCCGAGAGCCGUCAACUCAGUUGUCAACAACAUCGGAAGCGCUUCAUACGCCAAUACCAUGCUCAUAACGACGUUCGUCACCGUCGCACGCUGCCUGAUUGUGGCCAAGCCCUUGCGAUUCAGAAGUUUUCUGUCCUCGAAAACUACAGCCGUCAUUAUGUCCAUCUUUUCAUCCAUCUCUUUCACGUCUAUGAUAAUAUUGCUGUCGUACUUGAGGGUUAUACCUCAAUAUGACUCCAGCAUCGAUCGGGUAAGACCGACGCUCUGGUUCUCCUCUAAGCGAAAAAUGGCCAAGGAUAUUGUAUUUGGACUUCGCGACGCCUUUUUACCAUUUGUCUCUCAGAUCGGUGUCAGCGUGAGUGUCUUCAUCAUGGCGAGAUGCCUCCAAGAAGCCUCAAAGUUUCGAUGCAUCCAUACCGCAACACACCGAGAAGUCAAGGAAGCACGUGUGAUUGCCGCAAAAAACACACGGAAGUUGUCGACAUGCAACAGUCUUGCCGCAACUGGAAACUCGCGGGCAGCCAAGCUGCUUGGCACAGAGCUGAAGAUCGUCCGAAAAAUGCUCAUCAUAGCAUCCGUCUUCGGCGUGUGUAACAUGCCGAAGGUAAUAGCGAAUCUUCUCGAAAUUUUUUUGCCCGGUUUCUACGCGGGUCAGCGCUACCAUGCCUGGUACACUAUCUCCCAGAUCAUCAGAGAAUUCUUUCAGACCGUUAACGCCACGGUGAACUUUUGGAUUCAUUGGAGCUUCAGCUCCAAGUUUAGGAAACACUGCGUUUCCACAUCCACCAAGUAA